GAGAUAAGACAAUGGUGGGCAGAGGCUGAUUCUGAAAUUUAGAAAUCUCCAUAGUUGAUUGUUUUCACGAAGAGAAUGGGUAGCUGUACGUCCUGGAAACUGCAGGUUGACAGUAAGUUAAACCAGGUUUCACUUUUCAGUUCAGUGGCUCAGCCCUGUCCGACUCUUUGUGACCCAAUGGACUACUGUACACCAGGCUUCCCUGUCCAUCACCAACUCCAGGAGCUUGGUCAAACUCAUGUCCAUCAGUUGGUGAUGCCAUCCAACCAUCUCAUCCUCUGUCUUCUCCUCCUGCCUUCAGUCUUUCCCAGCAUCAGGCAUUAAGCACCAAAUAGUGUAGACGGCCAGCUAUUGCAUAAGUAAGAGUCGCCCAGACCCAGGCAAAGAGGAAAUGAGUUCCAUACAGGACAGCCUUGGGUGAAGUAACGCAGUUAUAGAGGGGCAAAGGGCGAGAGAUCUUAUAUCAAUGGGUGAGGUCAGAGGGCCUGAGGUUGCGGCCUUAAGUGAGGGGCGCAGUGAUUUCUGGUGGGAGCUUCCAGCUCCGCUGCGAACCACGCUCAAUUGGGCCAUCUCUCCUUUCUCUCCCCGGCUCUGGAGGCUUCUUCUGGGGUGGGACCGGGGCAGGAGGGCAGGAGGUUGGGGGAAACGCAGGGAGCGGAGCGGGGAGGGGGAAGGGAAGGGGGAGGAGGAAGGAAAGGGGGAGGAGGCGGGGCGCGGUUGCGUCGCGUCACUCUGCGGCGCGUCCGGACAGGCGUAGGCAGCCAUGGCAGGAAGCGACCCUGGCAGCCGAGGGAGCUCUCCUCAGCCUUCUCACAGCGACUGGGGCCGCCUGGAGGCGGCCUUCCUUAGCGGCUGGAGGAACUUCUGGCAGUCUGUUGGCAAGGAGAGGGCGGCUCCGAGGGCCUCCGCAGAGGAGGCGGACGAGGAGGCCAGUUCUCUGACGCGGCUGCCGAUUGAUGUACAGCUAUAUAUUUUGUCAUUUCUUUCACCUCAUGAUCUAUGUCAGUUGGGAAGUACAAGUCAUUAUUGGAAUGAAACUGUCCGAGAUCCAAUUCUGUGGAGAUAUUUUCUGUUGCGGGAUCUUCCUUCUUGGUCUUCUGUUGACUGGAAGUCUCUCCCAGAUCUAGAAAUCUUAAAAAAGCCUAUAUCUGAGGUUACCAAUGGUGCAUUUUUUGACUACAUGGCAGUCUAUAAAAUGUGCUGUCCACAUACAAGAAGAUCUUCAAAAUCUAGCCGUCCUAUGUAUGGAGCUGUCAGCUCAUUUUUACACUCAUUGAUCAUUCAGAAUGAACCACGAUUUGCCAUGUUUGGACCAGGUUUGGAAGAACUAAAUACAUCUUUGGUGUUGAGUUUGAUGUCUUCGGAGGAACUUUGCCCGACAGCUGGUUUGCCUCAGAGGCAGAUUGAUGGUAUUGGAUCAGGAGUUAGUUUUCAGUUGAACAAUCAACAUAAAUUCAACAUCCUAAUACUAUAUUCAACUACAAGAAAGGAAAGAGAUAGAGCAAGAGAAGAACAUACAAGUGCAGUUAACAAGAUGUUCAAUAUACAGAAUGAAGGGGACGAUCAACAAGGGAGCCGGUACAGUGUAAUUCCACAAAUUCAGAAGGUGUGUGAAGUUGUUGAUGGGUUCAUCUAUGUUGCAAAUGCUGAAGCUCAUAAAAGACAUGAAUGGCAAGAUGAAUUUUCUCGUAUUAUGGCAAUGACUGAUCCAGCUUUUGGAUCUUCCGGGAGACCAAUGUUGGUUUUAUCUUGUAUUUCUCAAGCUAAUGUAAAAAGAAUGCCCUGUUUUUAUUUGGCCCAUGAGCUGCGUCUGAAUCAUCUAAACUACCCAUGGAUGGUCCAGGACACUGAGGCUGAAACUUUAACUGGUUUUUUGAAUGGUAUUCAGUGGAUUCUUGAAGAAGUAGACUCUAAGCAUGCAAGAUGAUCCUCCUCUUCAACCUUGGCAACUGAAAGCAUUUGAAACUUGUUACUAAGGUCGUGGUGUGGAUAUUUGCUCAAGUCAGCUCAUUCUGCCCUGCCUUUUUGCAGGUAGGCUUUAUGUUGGACAGCUGUCACCACUCUAAUUUUUAUAUAACUUUUACUUUUUACCUUAGAUCAAUUACAAGAAAAAAGUUUCAGUGGUAGGAUUUGGCCCCAGAAUGAACCUUUUAAGAUUUUUUAAAAACUUUCAUAUAUAUAUUUUUUAAUAUUAAAUUCUGAAAA